UCGGCGUCUCACCGGCUCGCCGGGCGGCGGAAGUGUUCUGUGGCCCGCGAGAUGUUGUUGCUGCGGUCAGUGCACCUCUGGGUGGUCCCGAAUACCAGGAGUCUCCCGGCAAGGUCCCUUGUGCUUCAGUGGCCCCAGCUACGGCACACAUUUCACGCUGGGGCCUGGCUGUCUUCUUCAGCCUCCAGCAAAGAACUCCUUACGAAGUUGCGGCGGAAAACGGGCUACUCCUUUUUAAAUUGCAAGAAAGCUCUUGAGACUUGUGGCGAGGAUCUCAAACAGGCAGAGAUCUGGCUCCACAAGCAGGCCCAGAAGGAGGGCUGGAGCAAAGCUGCCAAGCUCCAGGGAAGGAAGACUAAAGAAGGCCUGAUUGGGCUGUUGCAGGAAGGAAAUGCGACUGUAUUAGUAGAGGUAAACUGUGAGACAGAUUUUGUUUCCAGAAAUUUAAGAUUUCAACAGCUCGUCCAGCAAGUAGCCCUCGGAACCAUGCUGCACUGUCAGAACCUGAAGGAGCAAGUCUCCACAUACAGUAAAGGGUUUUUGAAUUCCUCUGAGCUUUCUGGACUUCCAGCUGGACCUGACAGAGAAGGUUCUCUCAAGGACCACUUGGCCUUAGCAAUUGGAAAACUGGGAGAAAACAUGACUCUUAGACGAGCUGCAUGGGUGAAGGUGCCAUCUGGAUUCUACGUUGGCUCUUAUGUCCACGGAACAAUGCACAGUCCCUCCCUUCACAACCUGGUGCUGGGCAAGUACGCAGCCCUGGUUGUCUGUGAGACGACUGAGCAGAAAGCAAAACUUGAAGACUUGGGCCGCCGCCUCGGGCAGCAUGUGGUGGGCAUGGCUCCUCUCUCUGUCGGCUCCCUGGACGAUGAGCCUGGGGGAGAGGCAGAGACCAAGAUGCUGUCCCAGCCAUACCUGCUGGACCCCUCCAUUACCCUGGGACAGUAUGUGCAGCCCCGGGGGGUGUCUGUGGUAGACUUUGUGCGGUUUGAGUGUGGAGAAGGUGAAGAGGCCACAGAGGCUGGAUAGGUCUGCAGGCUUGUGGCCCAGGAGGAAUGUUAUGUUUAGUUCUGGAUAUCAUUACAAAAAGGGUAUUUCCUAAGUCUCUUCAAACUCAAAUUUUGUUUUUCAUUUGAGUUUAUAAUAAAAUCAUAUACUUCAUGAGUAAAGUUAUUAAAUA